GGUCUGCGAGCGUCACUGUUACAGCUGCUAUUUGUCCCGUCAUUAAUCUGCCAAGAGCCUCUCCCCCACAGAGCUCUACCCUGACACCCGGGGACAUGUGUUAACACACAUGGUGUGAAAGAUGAGUGACCUAUAGAGAUAUAACCACCCAGUCUCGCGGUGAACAGACCCCGGCGAAGUAAGACUCAUUUAGUCAUACCUGACAGGUGUUUAAGACCAGUGGCAGGUGAGCAGCCCGAGGAUAUACAAGCAAGCUCCCCUGGCAGAACGCAAGACAUUUUGUUGGAAUCUGUUUCAGAUAAACGAGAGCAGGCCUGUAGGGACUACCGGGUGAGAUGGGUGAAAUGGUGAGACGUCUGGAGUAUGAACGCCGAGCCAAAACUCUGGUGAAACACCAGUCUCGAGACAAACUGACGGGCCGAGAGUUCACGCAACCGGUCCGCGCUGCCAACGUCAGCGUCUCAAGGUCACUGGAGAGUACGGUGAAGAAGGUCGAUGACGCAAAGAGAGUAUUCAGGAACCGAUACUCCAAGAGCCUGGGAAACAUAUAUGAAUUUCAAAGAAAUCUUUCCUCCAGGUCACUGAAAUUCACGGAUGAUAAAUUCAACAGCGAAAAUCGUCUGCUCCUACCGCCAAUCACCUCUGGGGUCCAAGAUGGCGGAGGUUUAAUGACACCAGACAUGCAAAAACCAAGGCUUCGUCGUCGACAGAGUGGAAUGUCCAUCGCUUCAUUACUGGAGGAACAGACAGGGGGUGACAUCAAGCCUGAUGACACGUAUGUGCCUUGUUUCCCUGAUGGGACUCCCACCGACAGUGCCCGCAGAGGCAGCACGGCGGGUAGAAGGGCGAGCCUCACGGAAGGCAGGUCAUUCCGGGUGCUGAAGGACAAAUUCACCGCUCCACAAAACCCAGAGUCGAACCCCCGCACCAGGAAGAUUCUUGACUGCAAGGCAGCGGAACACAGGCGGGGCAGUCUCCUUCAUGAAAAGAUUCAGAAUCUAUAUCAAGGCGUGGAACAAAGCUAGCUUGACUUCAGCUGUGGCAGUUUGUCCGUACAAUGCAUUUACAUGACAAUUCCAAGUGCGGGAGUGAGAUUGGUUCAACAUCGCUUUGAUUCCAGUUAAAUCGCGCCCUUUCAGCUUAAUGUGGGAAGAAAGCCCGAAGUGAUGCAGGUCUUAGAGACUUAGACGUUUACCACUCUGGUGAAACCCACGAGCUCGGCAUGGUGCUGACAAACCAGAAUCAUAUUUAGGGCGAUCCGGGAAUCGAAGCCAGAUCAAAUGUUCUGCCACGUCUAAGGGACGCAACUCUGCAAGGCGAAUUACGGCACCAGAGACACGUUGACCAUGUCGCCGACAACUCAAAAAAGCCAGAUUGAUUGGCUGGGGCAAAUGAUGGGAAGGGUAUCUAUGAUGUAGGGGGGUAACGCCAUAUUGGGAGCACAAUAGCCCAUGUAACUUGAUAUAUAGGUAGCACAAACAUCCUAUAAAUGUUCAUGUUUUGAACGGUUACGAUUGUGUUUACAGUCAGUUUAUCGCCCCAUUUAGCAAUAUUCCGGGGAAAACGGGGCUCCCACACUGCUAUCAUGGGUGUCGUCGUUAAUCCAUCGGUUUACCCAACGCCCUUGGUAAUAGUGAAACGGAUGUAAAUCCAUUUAUUCACACUCACUACUGGGACGAUUUUGCGACAAUGAAAAUAUACACCUAAAUUUAACUGUGGGCGUUGCGAUAGUCUAAGCGCCAAGAUCGCUUUGUGAAACGGGCACGCCCUAGACCACGUAGCCCUAGACCGCGUUAAAGCGUUCGCUCGUCACGCCGAAGUCCCGGGUUCGAUUCCAGACAUGGGGUACAAUGUGUGAAGACCAUUUCUGUUGUCCCCCGCCGUGAUAUUGCUGGAAUAUUGCUAAAUAAAGCGGCGAAAAACCACAUUCACUCACUCACUCACCUGGAGUUUGGAGCACUCAACUCAACACUUCCUACAUCAGGGUACCCUCAGUCCCAUUAAAAUUAGAUAUUUUACUUUAAUACGAUCUGGUGAAGUUUUCAACGCAACAUUUCAGAUCCCUGACUCCCCAUGUGGGUUGUCCCUUACGACUAGCGGUGAGUGAGUGAUUGAGUAUGUUUUACGACGCUUUCAGCAAUAUUCCAGCAAUAUCACGUCGAGGGACAGCAGAAAUGGGCUGUGCCAAUGUGGGGAAGCGAACCCGGGCCUGGGGCGUAAUGAACGAACGCUUUAACCACUGGGCUACCCGACCGCCUCCUACAGACAGGAGGUGACCAAUCGACGCGGACUAACUUCAGGGACGGGGGAGUCAUGUCUGCCUCAA